AUGGUCCAUAGUGUCAAACUAAUGAGCCAGAAAAAGGUCUCGAGUGAAGCACAAGCAAACGAAUUCGCAAGGGUUGAUUCAGAAUUCCAAACCGAGAAGACGUUAAAGAUGGAGGAUGCUCAGAUCCUAGAGUCAUGCAUUCAAGAUCUUGAAGAUGGACUCGAAUCUCUCUCCAUGUCUUUAAUCAAAUACAGAGUCUCUAUUCUUAACAUCUUAGGCCACUGA